AUGUCUAAUGAAUGCUGCAGCACUGAGGGACAAACAGAAGAGCCUUUUGAACCCGACUUAAAGGAGACUAAAGUUCUCUUAUUACAAGAACCUGAGGAGGCUAACGAAGAUAUUACCGUUCAAGACAUUUCGAACCUCGUAAAUUUAUUCAGUUCUGUUGGGGAGGGUUUAAGUACGAAUGAAUACUUCAAGAUUUAUUUGGCAAUAAAGAAGCUAAUUAUUGACUAUCCAGUUGAUAGUGUCCGUUUCUGGGGGAAGAUAUUUGGUACCCAACAAGAUUAUUAUAUUAUUGAAUGUCAGCCCGGUGACUACGACUCUUUUCAACAUUCUAAUGAAAAUUUUGACAAUAUACAUGUUCAAGAACAGGUCGAAGAGGGUUCAAAUGGAGUUUCACAACUUCCAAACUCUACGUGGAAGCCACCACAAGACGUUCCAUCUGAAGAGAUCGGUGAGGGAGUAAAUAAUCGUGUCUACUUUGCCAGUAAUCAUGCUAGUGGUCCCUAUACACUUCUGCCUCUUUGUGAUCCAAAACACAUUACCGCCUCCAGAAUGAUUUACAGCUACUUCACAGGAGACUUGGCCUCAAAAGUGUCCUGCUGGCCACCGUUUCCUGGCACCGAGGCACAAUAUUUGCGAGCCCAAAUAGCGAGAAUAAGUUCGGGAACACUUCUUGCACCAAAGAACUUCUUUCGGAUUCUUCAAGAGGAAGAUCAAAAUGCUGAGGCGAGCGAUGAAGAAGAUGAAAUUGUGCCCACCGAAUGUGAAGAAAAUGAGGAAUAUGUGCCUCAAGCAGUUGAAGCAAUGAUGUCAUCCGACUGGGUUCAUAGCAGACCUUAUAUUUUACCUCAGGGUAGAGUUACUUGGAUCAAUAUGAAGGAUAUUGAGGAAUCUGAAUUAGGUGAUAGGGAGAGUGAAGAAACGGACACAGUCUCCCACCUUAAAGAACUUGGCAAUGAGUCAGAAAAACGGGAAAAGGGUCCUCCGAUUCUUACACCAAUCUCCAAUGAUCUUGAGGUGGGUGGAUAUGAAGCUUGGCGGCUUAAAACAAGUAGAAAUGGAUCGCGCCUUCUUAUCUCUUCACUUCUUUGGCCAGGCGCUCAUACUGCCGCCAAAGACAGAUAUUUUGAAAAUAUCUACGUUGGUUGGGGUCUCAAAGCAACGAAGCCCCGUGAGUUUCCCGGUCGGUUGUCACAUGAUCAAAGUGAAAUUCUUCAUGAACCCGAGGAAGUGGCUGACCCUACUCCAGAACAAGAAAAGGCCAAAGCAGUGACAGAAAAUGAAGAAGGAAGUGACGAUGAUGUUGAUGGAAGAUUCGAAGAGGAAGAGGGAGAGGGAGAGGGAGAGGGAGAAAAGGAGAGCAAAGAGAUUUCUGAUGCAAAUGGUGAAAAUUCAGAUAAUUAA